AUGGAGGCUUUAUUGAAGAAGUACAAUGUGACCCACCGUGUUUCAACCGCCUAUCACCCUCAAACGAAUGGUCAAGCAGAAGUUUCAAAUCGUGAGGUGAAGAGUAUACUUGAGAAAACGGUAAAUCCCUCAAGGAAAGAUUGGAGUUCAAGGCUUGAUGAUGCCUUGUGGGCCUAUCAGAUCGCGCACAAGACCCCGAUAGGAAUGUCUCUAUUUAGGUUGGUUUUUGGAAAACCAUGUCAUCUUCCCGUGGAAUUGGAACACCGUGCAUUUUGGGUGGUCAAGCAAUGCAACUUCAACGUCGUUGAAGCGGGAAGGCAUAGGAAGCUUCAACUACAAGAGUUGGAGGAGUUGAGAAAUGACUCCUAUGAAAACUCAAAAAUUUACAAGGAGAGAACAAAGCUUUUCCAUUACAAGUCCAUUACCCACAAGAAUUUCGAGCCGGGACGUAGGGUUUUGCUUUACCAUUCACGAUUGAAAUUAUUUCCUGGAAAGUUGAGGUCAAGAUGGAUAGGUCCGUUUGUUGUGUUAAAAGUCUUUGAGCAUGGAGUGGUUGAGAUCCAAAGUGAAGAAACGGGGAAAAUCUUUAAAGUCAAUGGGCAUCGUUUGAAACCUUUUUAUGAAGGUUUCAACGCAAAUGUCCUAGAUGUCAUCCAAUUGGAAGCCCCGGUGUACUGA